AUGGGGUUCACGGAGUUCGUCAAACGACGCUCCGGUCUUCGCGUCGAUAAUCGCAAGACCACCUCCGCUGCCACCCUCACUCUGCGCCAGAGUCUAUGGCCGUUGGGCCUGGUAACUAUCUUAUUCUUCCUAUGGGUAUGCACUCCCUCCGUCCACAAACCGCAGAAGAAGAAGAAGAAGAAGAAGAAGAAGAAGAAGAAGAAGAAGAAGAAGAAGAAGAAGAAGAAGAAGAAGAAGAAGAAGAAGAAGCUAAACCGUAGAUUAGGGCUUCGCAACACGUUACACAUCGAUCGAACCCGUUCCGCUGGCCUCCAGGCUGCGUAUUUCGGCGCAUACCCUCUCGCCUCCCUCGGCUACGCCAAUUGGAUCCUGCGCCACUUUGGCUACAAAACUGUCUUCAUCUUCGGAUUGACUCUGUACGGCAUCGGUGCGCUAUGUAUGUGGCCCGCCGGCUUGAAUCGAUCCUUCGGUGGUUUCUGUGGCGCUACUUUCGUUAUCGGAUCUGGACUGGGGUCCCUUGAGACGGCUGCGAAUCCUUACUUGACCGUCUGCGGUCCACCCCGGUACUCGGAAAUCCGUAUCAACUUCGCCCAAGCCUUCAAUGCAAUCGGAACGGUCGUCGGUCCCGUGCUGGGCUCUUAUGCCUUCUUUACCGAGACGGCGGAUGAUGUUGCCGCUCUUCAGCGCGUGCAGUGGGUGUAUCUAGCCAUCGGCAUCUUCGUCUUCUGUCUUGCGAUUGUUUUCUUCUUUUCUAAUAUCCCCGAAGUCACGGAUGAGGAUAUGGCGUUCCAGGUAUCUACUACCCACGUUGAUGAGCAGGAUAAGCCAUUUUGGCAGCAGUGGAAGCUUUUCCAUGCUACGCUGGCUCAGUUUACGUAUACUGGUGCUCAAGUUGCCAUCGCGGGUUACUUUAUCAACUACGCUGUCGAUACCUGGCCCGGUACUGAUAGUGCCAAAGGCGCGAAACUCCUGGCUGGUGCCCAGGGUGCUUUUGCUGUUGGUCGUUUCCUGGGCUCUGGGUUGAUGAAAUAUACCAAGGCUCGUUAUGUCUUUAUCGUAUAUCUAUCUUGCUGUGUGGCAUUCCUGGCUGCGGCGGUUACACAGAGAGAGCAGACUGGUAUCGCGAUGCUUUUCAUGGUUCUAUUCUUUGAAUCCGUCUGUUUCCCUACUAUCGUCGCGCUAGGUAUUCGUGGCUUGGGUCGCCAUUAUAAGCGUGGCUCGGGAUUCAUUGUUGGAGGUGUAUGCGGCGGUGCAGUCGUGCCACCUAUUCUGGGCCAUGUCGCGGAUAUGCGCAAUGAUACGGGCUUUGCAAUGAUUGUUCCUACCAUGUUCAUGGUUGUUGCUUGGACAUAUGCCGUUGCCGUGAACUUUGCUCCCUCGUAUAGGAAUAUGGUGGAUAAGGUGGGAGAGAGCACAGUUGGGCUUCAGAAUGAGAGUAAUAAGGACGAGGAGGCGGUUGUUGAGACGAAGUCGGAGAAAGAGGCGGCUCCGGUUCGCUAUGAUUGA